GGCGGCUCUGUAUUUUGACAACUGCUGUGAAAAUGUCAUUUGAGUUGUAAAUUUUGCAAUUUUAUUAGAAAACCAUUACAAAUGGCUCAUAUUUGCGGCCCAGAAGUAGUAAAAUAUGCCUGCCAUUGCGGCUUAUUAAGAUCCAUCUCCCAACUUUACUUCUGCAGGCAUUGUUCCAAAGUGCGGUGCAGUUUUUGUGUUUGUCAUGAGGUUGAUUCUAUAUUUUGCGGAAAAUGCUCCGAGAAUAUCCCAUCGGCAGAAGCUAGAGUGAAGAAAAAUAGAUGCAGCAACUGCCUGGUUUGCCCCAGCUGUCAGCAGGAGUUGUGGCCCAGAGUGGCAGCAACCAAAACAUCUGCCAAUCCUGAUGAACCCAAGCAAGUUGUCAAAAAAAUGCACUAUUUACUUUGCCAGUUUUGUAGAUGGAGUUCAAGGGAUGUAGGGAUUCCUGAUCAAUCAAGUGUUACUGGCUUUCCUGAUAGGGAAAAUGUGUAUGCUAAUCGUUUACAAGAAGUUCUUGAUGCUUAUAAAGCUGUAGUUUUGGCACAAAAGCAGGCAAAAGAAAAUGAGAAGAAAAAGCAGAGAAAGAAGUAUCUCAGCUACACUGACAUUACUGGAGUUACUGCAGCAGCAUUACGUAAAAGAAUAGGCCUGCCAGCUGACAGGACACACCCUCUACUGAAAAAUAAACCUAAAAAACCAGAUAAUGCAGUGGCAGUAGAAGAAGUUGAUGAUCUUCCAGAGGAGUUGUUUACUGAACCAGUAAACCUUCUUGAAGUUACAUCAGUUGAUCAACGAUUGUUGUAUCCUGAAGCACAGCCAGUUAAAAUGGACAAGUUGUUUCCAGUUCACAAACAGCUUUCCAUUAAACGUUCUCUGCGCUGUAGAGCUUGUGAACACAAUGUCAGCAAGCCAGAAUACAACCCAAAUUCAGUUAAAUUUAAGAUUCCUCUUUUUGCUUACUACCACAUUCCUGAUAUAAGAAUUGUAACUGUUGAACCACUAAGAGCUGGUCAAACUUCAGAACUUAUUAUUAAAUUUACAAAUCCCACUCAACAUCAAACUGUGGUUUCGUUUUUGGAAAUUGCAUUGGAUGAGCCUGAAGAGCCAGAGAUAAAAGAGGUUGAGGAGACUAUGGAUUCUCUAAAUAUACAAGAGAAACAGCACGCUUCUUUACCAUCCAUGACAUCCACAAGCCAACCUAGCAGUUUAUUAAGCCUAGGUUCUCAUAGGCAACCAAUGAUAACAAUUAAGCCAAGGCAAAUAUUCCAAACCCUAAAUAGUACUGUGGAAAUACCAACCAGUACUUUUAUUUUACCGCCAAGGGAUGAUGCUGCUGAAUUUGAUGAUUCUGGAGAUACACACAAUAUUCAGGAUGAUCCAAAGUUGGUUAAAUGGAGGAAAUCAAACAAAGCUUUUAUUAGACUGUCUGUUACUCCUCAAGAAGGUCUAGAGUUAAAAACUGAAAUUGUUUGUGGUUUUGCAAUGAAACAUCUUUACACGAACACAAUUUUUACCCAACAACCGCAAAAGUAUGAACAUAAAGUUAAAGUUUUUCUUACACUAGGAAAUCUUGUUGGCUCUGAAUAAAUAUUUUUUUAAAUUUUAAUUCACAGGUUAUAAUUUAAUUUAUGGCAGAAAUAUUUUUAACUAACAAAUAACUUACAAUUAAUAAAAUAUGUACAUUUAACAUUGUGAUUAUUGCUUGUUUUAUUAAAUAAACUACUGAACAC